UCUAGUAAAGCGCAGAGCCGGCUGACAGGGAGUGAUCCCCUCACCGUCGUCCUGCCUCGUACAUCCGCCUGCUUUCAUCUCCAAAUGCUGUAAUUUCUUUUCAACACAACAGACUCUUUAGCUCUCGUCUAGACCCGAGGCCAACCUCAUAUAAAAGCUCAGCGAUGGCCACCUACCAGGAGUUCAUCCAGCAGAACGAGGACAGGGACGGGGUGAGAUUCAGCUGGAAUCUGUGGCCGUCCAGCCGUCUGGAAGCCACCAGGCUAGUUGUCCCAGUCUCCUGCCUCUUCACACCACUCAAGGAGAGGCCUGACCUGCCACCAGUCCAGUACGAACCAGUGCUGUGCAGCCGGGCCAACUGCAAGGCAGUGCUCAACCCACUGUGUCAAGUUGACUUCAGAGCAAAAAUAUGGGCGUGCAACUUCUGCUUCCAGAGGAACCCAUUCCCUCCCUCUUAUGCAGGCAUAUCAGAAGUGAACCAGCCGGCUGAACUCAUGCCACAGUUUUCUACCAUUGAGUACAUAGUACAGCGUGGACCCCCGACCCCUCUGAUCUUCCUGUAUGUGGUGGACACAUGUUUGGAAGAGGAAGACCUCCAGGCCCUCAAGGAGUCCCUGCAGAUGUCCCUAAGCCUGUUGCCACCCAACGCCCUGGUGGGCCUCAUCACAUUCGGUCGCAUGGUUCAGGUUCACGAGCUCAGCUGUGAGGGUAUCGCCAAGAGCUACGUCUUCAGGGGCACCAAGGACCUCUCCGCCAAACAGAUCCAGGAAAUGCUGGGUUUAACAAAGCCAGCAGCAUCAGGACAACAAGGGCGUCCACCAGCCCCUCAGGAGGCUGCCGCCUCUUGCAGGUUCCUUCAGCCCGUGCACAGAGUGGAUAUGAAUCUGACUGACUUGCUCGGUGAGCUUCAGAGAGACCCAUGGCCUGUCCCUCAGGGCAAACGGCCCCUCCGCUCCACUGGUGUUGCACUCUCUGUUGCUGUUGGUCUGCUGGAGGGUACAUUCCCCAACACAGGGGCUCGUGUGAUGCUGUUUAUCGGAGGGCCCCCCACCCAGGGCCCGGGCAUGGUGGUGGGAGACGAGCUGAAAACCCCCAUCCGCUCCUGGCACGACAUCCAGAAAGACAACGCUCGCCAUUUGAAGAAAGCCACAAAGUAUUAUGAAGCCAUGGCUAACCGCUCAGCAGUAAAUGGCCACAGUAUUGAUAUCUACGCCUGUGCCCUGGACCAGACUGGACUGCUGGAGAUGAAGUGUUUAUCUAAUCUCACCGGGGGUCACAUUGUGAUGGGAGACUCCUUCAAUACCUCCCUGUUCAAGCAGACCUUCCAGAGAGUCUUUAGCAAAGACUACAAUGGAGACUUCCGCAUGGCCUUUGGCGGCAUCAUGGAGGUCAAGACAUCAAGGGAGCUGAAGGUCUGUGGGGCCAUCGGACCGUGUGUUUCACUCAACUCCAAGGGAUCCUGUGUUUCGGAAAAUGAGAUGGGUGUUGGUGGUACGAGCCAGUGGAAAGUGUGCAGUCUCAACCCGUCCACCACUUUGGGCAUGUACUUUGAAGUAGUGAAUCAGCACAAUGCCCCAGUGCCCCAGGGUGGCCGAGGUGUGAUCCAGUUUGUAACCCAGUACCAGCACUCCAGCACUCAGAGGAGGAUACGUGUCUCUACUAUCGCCAGGAACUGGGCAGAUGCACAGUCCCAGAUUCAGCACAUCGAGUCGUCAUUCGACCAGGAAGCGGCUGCGGUGCUCAUGGCCCGUCUGGGUGUCUUCAGAGCUGAGUCGGAGGAGGGACCAGAUGUGCUGCGUUGGCUUGACAGGCAGCUCAUCCGCUUGUGUCAGAAGUUUGGCCAGUUCAAUAAAGAUGAUCCUACAUCCUUCAAACUGUCAGAGUCUCUGUCCCUCUACCCACAGUUUAUGUUCCACCUGCGGCGGUCACCCUUCCUUCAGGUGUUCAACAACAGCCCCGAUGAGUCAUCCUAUUACAGGCACCACUUUGUCAGGCAGGACCUGACCCAGUCCCUGAUCAUGGUCCAGCCCAUCCUCUACUCAUACUCCUUCUAUGGACCACCAGAGCCCGUUCUCCUGGACAGCAGCAGUAUCCUGCCAGAUCGAAUCCUUCUCAUGGACACUUUCUUCCAGCUGGUUAUCUACCAUGGAGAGACCAUAGCCCAGUGGCGAAAGGCAGGCUACCAGGAAAUGGCAGAGUAUGAGAACUUCAAACAGCUGCUGCAGGCUCCCCUGGAUGACGCCCAGGAAAUCCUGCAGACGCGAUUCCCCAUGCCGCGCUACAUUGACACGGAGCACGGAGGCUCACAGGCUCGCUUCCUGCUCUCAAAGGUCAACCCAUCACAGACCCACAAUAACCUCUACGCCUGGGGACAGGAGACAGGAGCCCCGAUCCUCACUGAUGACGUGAGCCUGCAGGUCUUCAUGGACCACUUGAAGAAACUGGCUGUUUCCAGCUCUGCGUAGACGCCUCCGUUCCACCACAAUGACCGACGGAGUGAACCGUCUAGGGAUCCAUUAACAUUUCCCCUGUUUUUGUAAAGGAGCCAAAAUAGUCUACUGUAUGUGCGUGCUUGAUUUUACUGUGCCCUUUCUGGAGUCAUGUGUGACAUUUCCAUGCUGCAAAAAGAACAGAAAAAGGGGAAAACAGCACAUUCCUAGUAAGAAAACAAGUGACAUUUGUAUUCAUUUUCAUUAACUUGUUAUUUAUGAGAAACUGCUCCAGUACUCCAGAACCAAACUGUUCUCAUGUAAGCAAUAUCACAUUCUCUUUCUCUUUUAUAUUUGAUAUUACCUGAUAUGCAGAAUAAUUAGACUAAUAAUUUAAUUAUUUUUUGUUUUCUUUUUGUUUGUCCUAAAAUGUGUAUGUACUGCAUCGCACUUGGUUGAAGGUGCUGUUUAAUAGAACGCUUAUAUUUGUUUGCUUUGUCUAUAGCUACAGAUGACAUGCCUAGAAUUUUCUGAUGAAUAAAUUAUAAUGGUACCUCUAAUGGUGGCUAAGGGAUGUUCACGGGGCUAAUGGGUCUUCACACUGAUAAUGUUAGUGUUAAUGUUAAUCACAGUUUAUUUGACAAUGACUUCAAUGAAAGUUAAAAUCCUACAUGGAUUAUGCCAGUGUUUUCCAAGAAAAUUCCCUCUGAAUAAUGAGUAUUAAUGUUCUGAGGAAUGGAAGUCAAUCGCAUCAACUCAACUGAGAUUGACACGGUUUUCAAUGACGAACAUUUAGAUUUAUUUUUAACUUUAUAGGGCACUCUAUAGCUCUUAUAGCAUCUCGUUCACCAUCUGGUAUUUUGCACCUGACGACAGCCCAAGUGUCUUUGUAAUCAAACGUUAAUAUACUGUAAGACUGUAUAAAAGGGACAGUUGUUUGACAUAGAUCCUGUCUGGAUUCCUAAUGCUAUCCAUAUAAAGGUCUGUCAGCAGGA